AUGAAUUCCAGAAUUAGCACGAGUGACUCCGCCAAAAUGAGAAAACUCACGUAUAAACUAACAACUUCCAAAUAUCAACAAAAUGCAGAGUACCUGGAACAACAACGUGAAGAGACAGAAGACAUAGAAAAGAAAUACCUCUUAAAAAAUGCACAGAAAAGUAAUCGCUAUAACACACAAGAAGAAACAAGAAGUAAUAUAAAGAGGAAGCUGACACGCCCUCGAGAGACACGCCCCUCGAGAGACACGCCCCUCGAGAGACACGCCCCUCGAGAGACACGCCCCUCGAGAGACACGCGAGAGGACACGCCCCUCGAGAGACACGCCCCUCGAGAGACACGCCCCCGCGCAGAAGACACGCGCCCUCGAGAGACACCCCCUCGAGAGACACGCCCCUCGAGAGACACGCCCCCUCGAGAGACACGCCCCUCGAGAGACACGCCCCUGAGACACGCCCCUCGGAGAGACCACCCCUCGAGGACACGCCCUCGAGAGACACGCCCCGAGAGACACGCCCUCGAGAGACACGCCCCUCAGAGACACUCCCUCGAGAGACAUCUCGAGAGACACGCCCCUCGAGAGACACCGCCCAACGCCCCUCGAGAGACACGCCCCUCGAGAGACGCCCCUGAGAGAACACCCUCGAGAGACCCCCUCGAGAGACACCGCCCCUCGAGAGACACGCCCUACGAGAGGCACGCCCUCGAGAGAGACACGCCCCUCGAGAGACAACGCCCCUCGAGAGGACACGCGCCCUCGAGAGACACGCCCCUCGAGAGAGCAUCCCCAAUCGGAGCACGAGAGACGACGCCCCCCUCGAGAGACACGGCACGCUUGAGAGACACGCCCAUCGAGAGACACGCACCCCCCUCGAGAGACACGCCCCUCGAGAGACACACCCCCUCGAGACACACGCCCCCCGAGAGGACACGCCCCUCGAGAGACACGCCUCAGAGAACGCCCCUCGGAGAGAACACGCCCCUCGAGAGGACACGCCCCUUGAGAACACGGCCAUCGAGAGACACGCCCCUCGAGAGACACGCCCCCCUCGAGAGACACGCCCUCGAGAGAACACGCCCCUUCAGAGACACACGCCCCUCGAGAGGACACGCCCCUCGAGAGGACACGCCCCUCGAGAGACACGCCCCUCGAGAGACACGCCCCUUGAGAGACACGCCCUCUAGAGACCACGCCCCUUGA